AUGGACACACCACCAGACUCUGAUGUGUUGGUCACCCAUGAACCAAUAUGGUCCACCAUCAGGAAUCAGAUGAUGGAAUACAAUGACUCCACUAUCUUACCAGAGAUACUUCAAAAUGCUGAUGAUGCCAACAGCAAAGAGAUAACAUUCAUACUUGAUAGUAAUAGUUAUGGAGUUAACUCAUUGAUCAGACAUCCUAAGCAUGGAGGUAGAGACCCAUCACCUCUUCAAGUACCGUCGUUGGUGAUCAUCAAUGACUCGGUGUUCAAGGAGAAGGAUUGGAAGGGCAUAUCACUGAAUGGAACUGGUUCAAAACAGAAGGAUGUCAAUGCAGUUGGCAAGUUUGGACGUGGCUUCAACAGUGUAUAUCAUUUGACCGAUUGUCCCCAGAUUGUCUCUGGCCAGACGUUCUACAUGCCAGAUGUACUCGGAAAGUACUACCCGCCAUGCGCCGAUGGCAAUGGAUACAGCCAACGCUACGAAUACCUCACGAGCCUUGACGAUCAGUUUGAGCCAUUCAGGGUUCAUGGUUGCAAGAAGGAUGAGAAGGUAUUCAAUGGUACGAUGAUCCGUCUGCCACUCAGGACUGAUGACAGCCAGAUUGGUGUGGCCAAGACCGUAGAAGAUGUCAAGGAACUAUUCCAGAGGUUCAUUGCCAUGGGACCAUACUCCAUACUAUUCCUGCGUAAUGUGAGGAAGAUGACAUUGAUUGUCGACGGCAUCAAAGUGUUUGAGACCGAGGCGGAGCAGGCAGGUGACAUGACCGCCAAGAUAAACACGAUCAAGGACUUCUUGUCCAACAUCUCCAAGAUCAUACGAGGACAGGAUACUUUGGAACAGUUCCGCCAUCACCUUGGACAACAGAACUGGUCUGGGUUUCCCGUGGUCCAUUAUCCACUUGGUGUGAGGUCCCAUGACUUUGAGAGCGGCUUGGUGUCCUCGUCCAAGUGGUUGAUCACGCUCGGUUAUCACUACUCACCGACGAUCCACGAUAUUAUCAAUCACAAAUCAAUGAAGACGACCAAGUUGAUACCAACUGCUGGUAUUGCCACACCCUUGAAGCACGACCCCAACUUCCGUGGCCGACUGUUCUGCUACCUUCCCAUUGGCACGAUGACUACCAACCUGCCCGUCCACAUCCACGGCUACUUCUACACGACCAGUUCGCUCUUAAGCUUCUCCUCAAAGAUAGCCAACCUUGGUUCGUCGUAG